GUUGGCAGCACCAAGGGGUAUGAACCCACGAAGCAGGCAUCUACUGACUAUCGCCUUGAAGGUGGAACCCAUCCAGAACCAGGCCACCGCUCAACCGACCGUCGCUUAGCUGGAUACUAAGUGUCAGCAGUGAAUAAAUGGACACGAUUCAAACUCUGACGGGAGUCGCGGUCGCCAAAAUAUCACGUCUGUUUUAGGUUCUUCAAACAUCAACUCGCUCGUCCAUCGCGCUCGUCGUGUGUCUUUACUAGCAGGCGUCACUUCCGCUCGGCCUUAUUUACAUCCGGUUAGAUUUCCUCCCACCGCCGUCAUGUCUCCUGCAGCGUCUCUGCGCGCACAGCUCGCGUCCAUCAUGGAGGUUCUGACCCAGUCGGCGGUUUCGGAGAUCUGCGCGCUGCUGGACGGAACCUACUCGCUGUUGCGGCUGGAGCUCUCGCGCAGCCGCAAAGAAAACGAGCUUCUGCGGAGGAAGCUCCGAACCAGCGCCCUGCGGACCAGCACCAGGGUCCAGCUGGCUGCCACGCGACCCACGAGACUGGCCGCUCCUAGAGGGAAGACGCUGCCUUCCCCAGCUUGGCCCCAGGAGGCCCCACGCUGCAGAGUCACCUUGCCUCUCUGUGGACCAGUGUCCAGAUCGGUGAGUCCGGUCCAAACUUCUGAAUGUGUUGUGUCUUCUAAAUUGGUGGAAACAACACACACUCGGACGGUCAAGGUGGAGGACGACAGUGAGGCUUGGAUCCCAGCAGACACCUGUGACGUGAAUCCUCCAAUACAGCUGAAACAGGAAGUGGUGGACGUGGGUGUCAGCAGGAAGUCUUCCGAAGACCAGGAUCCUCCUGGGACAUCGUCGGUGAACACCACGGCACAGCGUCGGCGCCCAGCGGUCUUCGCAGGCGGCGAGCAGGAGGCUCCGCUGCCCAAGUUCACCACCCCUGUGAUUAAGAAGUACUGGAGCAUGUUUGAAGAGGAACGGCGACUGGGCGCACACAGGAAGUCGUACUGCUGUGAAUUCUGUGGCAAAACUCUGGCGUGUCUGAAGAACCUGAAGACGCACAUGCGAGUGCACACCGGCGAGAAACCCUUCGUCUGCCCGCUGUGCGGCAAACGCUUCUCCGACUCCAGCAACCUGAAGCGCCACCAGAGCGUACACACUGGCGAGAAGCGCUACAGCUGCUCGCACUGUGGCAAGCGGUUUGCCCAGUCGGGCUCGCUGAAGGUCCACAUGAGUGUGCACUCGGACUGCAGCCAGUUCAACUGCUCGUUCUGUGGGAAGACCUUCAUCUCUGGGAGCCACCUGCGCCGACACCUGGCCACCACGCACCACACCUUGGCACCACAGUGACAGAUGGAUAGCACACCUUGUUUUAAGAGCAUCCUGGACCUCCAGCUCAGUGACUUUAUUGUUCAGUUUCAGCUCGUGUGUUUUCGUAAUAAAAGUCUUUGACCUCACAGCUGCUCCCAUGUCUGCCUGUAGGGGGCGACUCUUAUCAAGAACAUCACAGAUGUGGGUGUCAGCAGGUGAGUGGAGUCAACUGGACCUUAGAUUCAUUCAUUACAUGAAAAAGCUUAGUAUGCAGAAGCCAGUCUCCGUGGCAACGCUGGUUAGCAAAAAAGUAAACACAUUAAACUUAUUACAAAACAUCUGAGAAUCACAUCUCCAACCAUUGAAGUGCUGAUUGCGUAUUAAAGGUGGUGCGGUGGAG